AUGAAGGAGAGAAGAGCCAGCCAGAAAUUAUCCAGUAAAUCUAUCAUGGAUCCUAAUCAGAACGUGAAAUGCAAGAUAGUAGUGGUGGGAGAUAGUCAGUGUGGGAAAACCGCGCUGCUGCACGUCUUCGCCAAAGACUGCUUCCCCGAGAAUUACGUCCCUACAGUGUUUGAGAAUUACACGGCCAGUUUCGAAAUCGACACACAAAGAAUAGAAUUGAGCCUGUGGGACACUUCGGGUUCUCCUUACUAUGACAACGUCCGGCCCCUCUCCUACCCAGACUCAGACGCCGUGCUGAUUUGCUUUGACAUCAGUAGACCAGAGACUCUGGACAGUGUCCUGAAAAAGUGGAAAGGUGAAAUCCAGGAGUUUUGUCCCAACACCAAAAUGCUCUUGGUCGGCUGCAAAUCUGAUCUUCGGACAGAUGUCAGUACAUUAGUAGAGCUCUCAAACCACAGGCAGACACCAGUGUCCUACGACCAGGGGGCAAAUAUGGCCAAACAGAUCGGAGCAGCCACUUACAUCGAAUGCUCAGCUUUACAGUCAGAAAAUAGCGUCAGAGACAUUUUUCAUGUUGCCACCUUGGCAUGUGUAAAUAAGACAAAUAAAAACGUUAAGCGGAACAAAUCGCAGAGGGCAACAAAGCGGAUUUCACACAUGCCCAGCAGACCGGAACUCUCGGCAGUGGCUACGGACUUACGAAAGGACAAAGCCAAGAGUUGCACUGUGAUGUGA